AUGCAUAAAAUCGACGAACUCAUAAAAACGAUCAGCGAUGAAGACAGAAGAUACAUCGAAGACCUGAUUGAGACGGGGCAGACGGAGCUGUUGAACCAUGAAGGAAUAAACGAGAGGAACAUCUUAGACAUCAUUAAACAGAUAAAAGAAUUCGAACUCGUAUACCCUGAUGGGCUGAGAACAUACGUAGAGAGAGCUAAAACUUUGAUGAAAAAAUCGGAAAAGAAAAUGCACAAAUUUGCACACUGUGUGAUAGAAAGACCAGAUAAUUUAAUAAAAAUAAAAUUUCCCUGGGAUGAUAUGAUCCCUCAAUUUGGUGGAAAUAACAGAGAGGAGAAGAGGAUAUAUGUACAGGAUGGGUAUUGCGAUGGAAAGGAAGAUCCUUUUAAUGUGUCGACAAGCACGUCAAACGAAAGCAGCGUGGAGUACGAUGCGAAUGGUACUUUUACCCAGGACGGCAACUUCGUCUCUCUGUCAGAGGGGGAGACCACUCCGCUAUCCCAGAGGACGAUAUCCCACAGGGAGUUAUCCACCACAGGCAUUCCCACAACGCCCCUUUCCUCUGCUUCAUCGAAUGGCCAAGCUUACGACCCGAAUUUAUACAGAAGUAGUUACCUCUCGUUAUGUGAUGAGACAAAAGGGAAGAAGCAAAAUAAAACAAAGACACAGCAGGAAAAUCAGGAGAGUGAAACCAUAGAACAAAUCGAACAGUAUCUGCAUUACGAGCAGAUAGGACUGAGCCAAAUCGAUAGAGUAUGCUUCGUGUUGCUAGCGGGGGGGUUGGGAGAGAGAUUAAAUCACAAGGAUAUCAAAUUGAAGCUACUAACAAAUUUAGUCUCAGAGAAAACGUACAUUGAAUAUUAUUGUAAUUAUUUGAAAGUUUUCCAAGAGUAUAUAAAGAGGGAAAAAAACAAAGAGGUAGAGAUCCCCUUUAUUAUCAUGUUGUCCGAUGAUACGUAUGAAGAGACAGUCACGUUUUUGAGGAAGAAUAAUUUUUUCACCCUUAAGGAGAAUCAAAUGUACUUUUUAAAGCAGAAGAAGGUAUUAUGCUUUAAGGAUAGCGAGGCACACAUUGAUUUUGUUUUUCAAAAUGAAUCAUUUAUCUUUUCCAAAAAACCGCAUGGUCAUGGAGAUAUUCAUUCUCUCAUUAGAAAGUACAUUAAUUUGGAUGAUCUCAUAGAAGAAGGAUAUAGAUACUUGUAUUUUUUCCAAGAUACGAACGCUUUAGCCAUGAAGGUUUUAUUUGCAUGCUUGGGGGUGUCCAUAGAGAAAGAACUCCAUAUGAACUUCCUCGCUAUUUCGAGAAAUCCGGGGGAAGAGAUAGGAGCCAUUUGCAACUUAAUCGACGAGGAUAAUUGUAAAAGAGUUGUAAAUAUAGAAUAUAAUUUUUUAGAAUCCAUCCUGACUGGUUCAGGUGGACAGGAGUUGGUGGAUGAGGAUGGGUUUUCCCUCUUUCCCGGUAAUACUAGUUCUAUUCUGUUCGAAAUGAAGACAUACAAUGAGUUGCUCAAAAGAACCAAUGGGGUUGUUCCAGAAUAUGUUAAUCCGAAGUAUGCGGAUCAUGAGAGGAAGCAUUUUGUUCGUGCUACUCGAGUGGAAUGCAUGAUGCAGGACUUUGCCUUUCUGUACUACUCUGGGGGUAGGGAAGGACCAGGCGAACGUUCAUACGAAAUGGGGAUGAACAUCAGAAGCUAUGUCUCCAAACGGGGGAGAGUCGGAGUUACCCAUCUAGAUAGGUGUCUCUGUUUCUCCCCUGUAAAGAACGACUCUACGAAGGCGAAGAGAAAAGUGCAAAGUGGCAUACACCCAGAAUGCAUGUUCAGCGCAGAAGCAGAUCUCUACUACAACAACUGUGCCUUCUUACAAUUGGCCUGUCUGUACAAUCGGAAGAUUUUCCUGUUGGACGAAUUGGAGAUGAAGACAUUUAAAGGGGUUGGUUAUUUCCUUCCCCCCAAGGUUUUAUUAGAACCGCAAUUUGCCUUUACCCUAACGGAUCUGAUAAAAAAAGUUACAGGAAAUAUAUCCAUUAGUAGGAGCUCCACGUUGUGGGUGAAGUCAGAUGCACUCAUUCAAAAUUUACAUCUGGACGGGGCACUCAUCAUUGGAGGAGUUAAUUCUGAAGAAGGCGUUGCCCUCCCUGUUAUAUUGGAGAAGAACCUCUGCGUACGGAACAGAGGGGAUCAGUUUCUACCCCUUUCGGGCAUUGAGGAUGAGAAUUCUCAGCAACUACAAAUAAGGGGGUAUAAGUUAGUAAGGAGGGAGGUCCUAAUGAUAAGCGGCUAA